AGGCUGCAGCAGCUCAGAGGCAGAGACCCAGGGGGCAGGACCAGCCACUACAAGGUAGAGUCGACCCUGCUCCCCACAGACACCUUAUCACCACUGUGCUGCCCUGGGCCAGAGACUUUGCAGGUGCCUGCACUGUCCCCAUUGAAGGUGUAAGGGCCCAAUCCAUCCAGCGAUGCUGAUCCUUAGAUGCUCCUCCAAGCUGCGGCUGCUGGAAGGGGCAUUGCGGCGGGGACUGCCUGAGACACUACCGGUCCACGGUGCCGUGAUGAACAUCAAUCGUGGGAACCCGGCUGGCAAUGAGGUGUUGGUGGAUUCGUGGCCGGAGUUCAAGGUUGUGCUCUCGCGGCCACGCAGAGAGGUGGUAUCUGACCCUGGUGACUACUACACCAACCAGCAUGCGGCCUUCUGCCGGGAAGAUGGGGCCUGGCAGGCACUGCUAGAGACCACUGAUGCGGUGGACUGGAGCCGGGCCUUCCAGCUGAACAGCUUCCAGAAUGGGGUGUACAAGGCCAUCAGGGACAUGGCCAAGGCCAAGGGCAUCCACCUAGAUUUGUUUCAGUACCUGAUGCUGCUGCACCCAGACCCACCCGCCAUGCCACACUUCUGGCUGGAGGAGGGGCUGACGCUUGCCCCCGUGUCCCCCGCCCAUGCUGCAUUGCUCAAUGAUGCCUGGGACUUUGGGGGCAACUUGUGGAGCCUGCGCUACCUGGAGAUGCUGAUUCGGUGCUUCCCUAGCGCCUGCUUGCUGGGCCCUGAUGGGCACCCUGUCUCCUGGACCCUCACUGACCCUCUUGCCUGCCUGUCCCAUGGCUACACCCUCCCCGCUUAUCGUGGGCAGCGCUGCCAGGGCGUGGUGCUGGGUGCGCUGGUGGGGCAGCUCCAUGCUCAGGGCUUCCCCGCCUUCUGCGGGGUGCUGCCUGAGAACAAGCCCUCCCUGCGUGCCCUGCACGGCCUCGGCUUCUGCAACCAGCCUGGGGUCUUAUACCUGAUGGUCCUGAAACCAGACCCCACCUUGGCAUCCGGGCACUAGCAGGCACCCCCAACACA